AUGGCUGCACCCGCUACGCAGUCUCUGAAGUGCGUGGUUACAGGAGACGGUGCGGUCGGAAAGACUUGCCUGCUCAUCUCGUACACCACCAAUGCCUUCCCCGGCGAGUACAUUCCGACUGUCUUCGACAACUACUCCGCAAAUGUCAUGGUAGACGGCAAGCCGAUUAGCUUGGGUCUGUGGGAUACCGCCGGUCAGGAGGAUUACGAUCGUCUGCGCCCUCUGUCGUACCCCCAGACGGACGUCUUCCUUAUCUGUUUCUCGAUUGUGUCGCCUCCCUCGUUCGACAACGUCAAGGCCAAGUGGUACCCCGAGAUCGAGCAUCACGCGCCCGGCGUCCCGAUCAUCCUGGUUGGUACGAAGCUUGACUUGAGGGAUGACGAGGGCACGAGGGAGAGCUUGAGGCAGAAGAAGAUGGCUCCCAUCCAAUACGAGCAGGCAGUCAUGGUCGCCAAGGAGAUUAAGGCCCACAAGUACCUCGAGUGCUCGGCCCUGACCCAGAGGAACUUGAAGAGCGUGUUCGACGAGGCCAUCAGAGCUGUAUUGAGCCCGCGGCCAGCCACGAAGCCUAAGAAGAACAAGUGCGUUGUUCUGUGA